GCCCUGACUAUAUUCACUAACUAUGACUUUGCUUUCGGUAUCGAAAGUGUCCCCAUUUAUGGUUGGGAGCUCAACUCCGAGGCUGUGGAGACACCCCGAAUCCUAAGUGGUAAGGAAGAGAAGGGCACUGAGGUACCGUAUAUCUUUGUAACAGGGGCAAGCUAUGUUCCAACCCUUCCCCUGGGUUUGGAGUGUUGUUGGCUGGUGCUAUUGGGAGGUGUAAAGACGGAGAAAGCGGGAUGUGCGGAUCUAGACAGACAACCGCAAGUCCUCAUGUCACACCAACAGUUCAUCUACGGUCACACCCAAAUGCGAGAAGUGGCGGGGGAUCCAUGGUAGUCCUCGUCACCGGUGGGGCAGGUAAAACCUGCUGUAAAGUCCCAGAAGGGUACGGUUUUGAGGACGUAAUGACACUCGGUGAUUUGAUAGUCCCAUUUAGUAGGCUUAUAGAGAAAGCUCGCCAACUCCCGGUUAUCGCUGUGGAUGCUAUCUUUGUGUUCGCCGAGGGCAGGAUUGGGGUGGCGAUGCAUAGGUCGUUAUUUAUCUACUGAUGUCCAUGAAGCGCCGUGUGGGAGCUCUCUCGAGAACCUUUGACAAGGGACCACCAAUCUUCUUUCUCUCAACGAUGUUCACUAGAGGACGAACCAUAAUUAGGAACGCUUUGUCGUGGGUGCCUUGAGGGCUAUGCCGGAGCUUUAUUUAACGGGAGUGCCUGGAAAAAACUCACCAGCGGGGCAGCAUCUGGGAAGCCGCAGGUUGGUACUUUCAACUAAGCCGCUCGUUUCCUUGGGGACUGGUGCGAGAAGAAUUGCGGACCUGGCAGUAGCCCCGAGGCUGUCUGCUUUGUUGGCGAUACCCCUGAAUCAAAUUUGUUUUCUCUCACUCUUAGGAAUAGACAUGUUGCUUACUUUCAGGCUAAUCGUUAAAGGAACGAGGGGGUUCGAUAGACUCGUCGACGAAGAGUGGCACAGCACCCCCGCCAAAGCCGGCGUUUGCGAGGCCGGCACAGAGGCGGGAAAUAAGCCGGAGGCGAUCGUUGACACUGCCCUCGACGUCAUA